UCUCUCUCUCGUAACCAUUUCUACUAAUAGUACUAGUCUUUUUCCCCUCUCUCCCCCUCUAUCCAAAGAAGUUGAAGAAGAAGAUCAGACCAACAACGCAGCAUAAGCCAAAGAAGUCUUAGCUUUUCUUUGUAACCGACGUUGCAGAACGAGAACAGGACAACCUAAUAAUUAUUCGCACAUGUGGAGUCGAAUGGACCAGGACAGUGACAGUGACCGUGACGAGGGGACGUAACUGUAUAUUGAAAGAAGCAGAAGAGAAGAAAAGCCCAUAGUUCACAAAAAUGAAGGGUGAUAUAAAUGAGAAGCUAUUGUGGAAUGCUGAAGAAGAAGAGAGGGUACGUAAUGGUGGUCGAGAUGAAACAUUGAAGGAGAAGAUAUGGAGAGAGACAAAGAAAAUGUGGGUGGUGGCUGCUCCAGCAAUAUUCACCAGAUUUUCAACCUUUGGUAUUAAUGUAAUUAGCCAGGCAUUUGUUGGGCACGUUGGUCCUACUGAGCUUGCUGGCUAUGCUCUUGUGUAUACAGUCCUCUUCAGGUUUGCCAAUGGCAUCUUGUUGGGAAUGGCGAGUGCGUUAGAGACUCUAUGCGGUCAAGCAUACGGUGCAAAACAAUACCACAUGCUCGGUGUAUAUCUUCAAAGAUCAUGGAUUGUAUUGUUCAUUUGUUCAAUUUGUCUUCUCCCCAUAUUCAUCUUCGCAACUCCGAUUUUGAAAGCAUUGGGCCAGGAGGAUUCCAUUGCAGAAAUGGCGGGAACAAUCGCUCGAUGGUCAAUCCCAGUGGUGUUCUCCUUCAUCCCAUCAUUCACAUGCCAAAUGUUCCUACAAGCACAGAGCAAGAACAUGAUCAUUGCAUACUUGGCAGCAUUUUCGCUUUCUAUCCACGUGCUCCUCUCAUGGCUCUUGACAGUGAAGUGUAAGUAUGGAAUUCCCGGGGCAAUGAUAUCUACAAUUCUGGCGUUUUGGAUUCCAAAUAUUGGUCAGCUCGCGUUUGUUAUAUGUGGAGGGUGUCCAGAAACAUGGAAAGGUUUUUCAUUCUUGGCUUUCAAAGAUCUAUGGCCAAUCAUCAAGCUUUCUUUGUCAUCUGGUGCCAUGCUCUGCCUUGAACUCUGGUACAAUACCAUACUGGUUCUCUUAACAGGAAACAUGGUGAAUGCUGAGGUUGCCAUAGAUGCUCUCUCUAUUUGCCUCAAUAUUGAUGGCUGGGAAAUGAUGAUAUCUUUUGGUUUCUUGGCUGCAGCAAGCGUACGGGUCUCGAAUGAACUGGGAGGAGGGAGCUCAAAAGGUGCAAAGUUCUCGAUUUUGAAUAUAGUGCUAACCUCAUUCACCGUUGGAUUGGUGUUAUUCAUCUUCUUCCUCUCUUUUCGGGGGCGCCUUGCAUACAUAUUUACAGAAAGUUCUGAGGUGGCUGCUGCAGUAGCAGAUUUAUCGCCUCUAUUGGCCUGCUCCAUACUUCUCAACAGCAUUCAACCAGUUCUUUCCGGUGUUGCUGUUGGAGCAGGGUGGCAGAGUAUUGUAGCAUAUGUUAACAUUACAUGCUAUUACCUUGUUGGGAUUCCUGUGGGAGUGGUUCUUGGUUAUGUACUCAAUAUGCAAGUCAAAGGUGUUUGGAUUGGUAUGCUACUUGGCACAUUUGUUCAAACUAUUGUUCUCAGCAUAAUCACUUACAGAACUGAUUGGGAUAAACAGGUAUCCAUUGCUAAAAAACGGAUUAACAAGUGGUUUGUGGAACCUGAUCAACCCGGUGCUAAUCCACAAAAUUUGUGAGAUUUUUUUGUUUGUUUGUUUGUUUGUUUGUUUGUGUGUGUGUAUUAAACCCAAUGUGUUCUUUUUGUUUUGGAGGACAUUUUCUACUUAGUUUGUCAAUUUUAAAUUAAAUAAUUCUUGUUUUUAUUGUCAAAUCUAUAUGUGAAAAAGGCUCUUAUUCGCCUUAGAAUCUUUCAUUAA